AUGAUUGGCCGCAGUUCUUUCCAGUGCUUUGCGCAACGAAGCCGCAACUGUUUUACGUGGAGUCGCGAUUUACAGGCUUCAGAGCUACUACUCUUUGCCAUUGCCAUCAUUCUUGAAUUGAAGCCGAUGGUUGAACACGAGCAGCGUCGAGGAGGAGGCGGUUUCAACCGCAAAAGGCGGCACAGAGAGGAUGAAGGAGGCGAGCGCCAUCGGUCACGUAGAAGAUAUGAUGAGCCAUUGUCGUCUUCUGUUCGAAGACAGCUGCUGACAAUUGGAGAAUCGCCUGUACGAAAAGUUCAAGAGGAUAUCGCUCGCGUUGUGAAAGCUAUUUGUGACAACUAUGAGGAUGAAGAGGUGAAAGCGGAUUUUCAGGAUUUGGUUCUCCAAUUGAUCGUCGAGCAGCCGUUUAAAAUACCAUUUGUUGCCGCAGUUAUCCUUCUAGUCAAUGUUGAGAAGCCCGAGCUCCCUGGCCUCGUAUUAGGCAAGGCCGGAGAAAUGGUUCAGUCGUAUAUCACUGCGGGCGAGUGGCGCGAAGUGAAGCUCAUGCUGCGCUUCUUUGGCUGCCUUCAAGGUAUCCUGGAAGGGGAUGGUGUGUUUCCAAUACUUGAAGAACUCUUUUCACGCGCCGUCGACUUGCAGACAUCGGCUUCUGAGGACUCUCUUGGCCUUGAGCUUGUCAAAAUCAUUCUUUACACGAUACCCUACGUGAUGGCGUCUUCUGCCUCAGGAUUCGAGUCUCAUGCGUCUGUUUUGCUAGAGAAAACAGAAAUUAUUGCAUCGAUUCCGCAUAUUCUAGAGACGCUUGUCGACCCAUUCCCCUCGGAAGAAAAUCAAGAAGUUGAGAGACUAAGCUCAUUGGCCCUUGUCCAGAAACAGUUGCAAGGAGAGGCCCAAAAUUCUUGGGAGCUAGCUUGUAUGCCUCGACCAUGGAGAACGCCGCCCAAGGAGGCCGCCGAGGAUGCGCCAGCGGCAGUUGAAACCAAGCAUGCCUUCCCAGCACUUACGGUCCCAAGCCCAGUGAGAAAUGGCCCACGGGCUAUCUUUCCGGAGAUUUACCUCUCGGUUUACACGGGUCAAAAUAUUGAAACUGUCCCUCCAAUUACCAACAUAGCUUCUACGUUGCUUCGUGAUGUUUUGGUUGACACCAUUAAUAUCCUAGAUUACAAUCGCAUUGCAGCUGCUAAGUUUCUUAUUGAUGUCGACUGCUAUUUCGCUCCAGACACCUUCAUCAAACGGGCCACUCCCUUCGACAAGUUACGUGAUCUUCCCGCAGAAAGCACGACCUGGAAGCCGGAAGAUGUCGCCCUCGAUGCUGUAUUUUCGCAACUGUUACAGCUGCCAAAUUCUGAGCACAAGCUAGUUUUUUACCACUCUCUCUUGACCGAAGCCUGCAAACUUGCGCCAGCAGCAAUCGCACCAAGUUUAGGUCGUGCAAUUCGAUUCCUUUAUCGUAACUCGGAUAAGCUAGACUUAGCAUUGACAUAUCGAUUCCUCGACUGGUUCGCCCACCAUCUAAGCAAUUUUGGAUUUACGUGGAAAUGGACUGAAUGGGUGGAUGACGUUGAAUUACCCUCCGUGCACCCUAAGAAGGCGUUCAUUAUCGGUGCACUGGAUAAAGAGAUUCGCUUAAGUUUCGCUCAAAGAAUCAAGGGAACACUUCCCGAGCCAUAUCAACUCCUGAUCUCCGAGAACAAAGAGAAGGACACUCCUGAUUUCAAGUAUGCACAAGAGACUACUCCCUAUGCGGAAGAAGGGCGGGAAAUUCUACAACUUCUCCGAAAAAGAGCAUCAGAUGAAGAAAUUGCACCUUUGAUUGCUGCCAUUGAAGAAAAGGCAAAGGCGCAUGGCGUCGAGGACCCACUCAUCCCCUCAACGGACGCCUAUGUUACGUCCAUCUGUUGCGUUGGCUCAAAAUCACUUUCCCAUUUCCUUUCUUGCAUUGAGCGAUGCAAAGAAAGGCUUCUCGCGAUUGGACCGAGGUCCGCAAAUGCCCGACGACAAAUCAUUACCUCCGUGAUGGACUACUGGGUUGACCAGCCUGGAACUGCAGUAAACAUUAUUGACAAACUUCUUAACUACACAAUACUCAGCCCCAUCUCGGUCAUCGAAUGGGCACUUCUUGACAAUCUCUCCGCAGGUGGCAUCCUCGCAAAACCUCAUAUCUAUGAAAUGGUGUCUGCAACCAUGGGGAAAGUUACAAACCGCAUUCGACAGAUCGUUGCCGCCCGUGUCCAACCGACACUCUUUGAGCCACAGCUCAGCGUCAUUCAAGACACACUAACGAGAGAAAAAGGAGAUAUGGAGGCAAUGUUUAAACUUAUUGAAGACUCCAUAGCUCCCAUUGCGAAUGGAUCUAACGACGUGAUGAUGGAGCGUGCGGAUGAUAGUGCUUUGGCACCGGAGAAUGCGCUCAUUUGCGAAUGGGGCAAGAGAUGGUUACGGGUGUUUAGACGGAAAGCUUCCGUGGAAGAGUCGUUUAUUACGGAGGCUAUGCUCGCUGCAGUACCUGUUGGGACGAUGCCACCACCCCAGCCCCAGGCCCAGCCGCAGCCCAUGCAAAGCCCUCUAGAAAACGCUGAAGCCCAUCUGCAGGAAGACUUGAUCGAUAUGGAGUAA